AUGGCAGCGCCAAAGAUGACCAAGAACCAGAAGCGGCGCGCGAAGAAGAAGGCCGACAAGCUCACAAAGACACACGAAACCAGCGAGACGCCCGAAGCCACAAAGCCCGACGAGAGUGAAUCAGACGCACCGACCGACACGACUACAAGCCUUGAAGUUAAGGAGAAUGCCUCUGCCGCCAGCACUGUGCCCGCCGAUGGCCCGAUCGUCGAGGAGAACGUUUUCGAUGCGGAGGAUCCUGCCUACGCGAUGUACAGAUCCAUCUUCUCCAAAUUCGGCGCAGAUAGUGGAGAAGACGCGAUCUCGCGGGAAGCAAACGCCGGAAACCAGGGCGAGGUCUACUUUGAUGGCGACGAUGAUAUCCCCGACGAGGAGGACGAGUCUGGUGGUGCGAAGAUGUCAAAGAAGAAGAGGAAAAUGUUGACAAAGCUUUCGGUUGCCGAGCUCAAGGCGCUCGUUAGCAAGCCCGAGGUCGUGGAGUGGCAUGACACAUCUUCGUCGGAUCCCCGGUUACUCGUCCAGAUCAAGGCGCAACGCAAUAUUGUGCCAGUGCCGACACACUGGUCCUUGAAGCGCGAGUACCUUUCCUCGAAGAGAGGCGUGGAGAAGGCGGCGUUCCAACUCCCCAAGUUCAUCGCCGAUACAGGCAUCUCGGAGAUGCGCGACGCCGUACUUGAGAAGCAGGCGGAACAGAGUCUGAAACAGAAGCAGCGCGAGCGUGUGCAACCGAAGAUGGGCAAGCUCGACAUCGACUACCAGAAAUUAUACGAUGCGUUCUUCAGAUUCCAGGAGAAGCCGGCACUCACCAGAUUCGGAGAGGUAUACUACGAGGGCAAGGAGUACGAGACGGACCUGCGGCAUCUGCGGCCGGGCGAGAUCAGCGAUCCACUCAAAGAGGCACUCAGCAUACCACCCGGUGCGCCACCGCCGUGGCUCAUUAACCAGCAGCGUUUCGGCCCACCGCCCUCGUACCCAUCGCUCCGGAUUCCUGGCCUGAACGCUCCUAUACCAAAUGGCGCGCAAUGGGGUUUUAACCCUGGUUGCUACGGCAAGCCUCCCGUGGAUGAGUACAACAGGCCGCUAUUUGGUGGUGACAUCUUUGGCAUUAUGCAGCCGACGCAAACAGCGCAGCAAGCAGGAGAGCCUGUCGAUCGCACAUUGUGGGGUGAGCUGCAAGUAGCCGAGGAAGAGUCCGAAGAAGAGGAGGACGACGAUGAGGACGAGGACGAAGAAGAGGAAGACGAGGAAGUCGGCGGCGUUCAGGAUGUUUCCGGCAUCCAAACCGAGAGUGGCCUCGCAAGCGCCGUGCCCACAGACUACGGCACGCACACCGACAUCGGCGGCGAGAUGGACCUGCGCAAGACGAGGCGCGGCUACGAGACAGAGGAGAGCUCGCACCCAAGAGAGGCAUACACCAUCAUCAAGGAGCGCCAGGCACGCGCCGAGGGCUUCUUUGGCAGCGAGCGCGUAUAUGAUCUCAAGAAUGCCCCCGGCGGCGGCGGCGCCGACAACAUGCGUGUGCUGGGCCAAGGCGACGACGACAGCGGCCGCAAGCGCAAGAAGCCCGGCGACGUCGAGGUGUCUGUGGACGCGGACGCGCUGGCCGACGGCAACGGCCUGAGCAAAGAAGAGCUGCGGAGGCGAUACGAGGAGAACAGCCGACAGCAGGGCGUUGGUGCGCAGUGGCAAGGGCGCGAGGAAGGGCUAGACGAGAUGAUUGCCAAUGAGAGCCGGAAGAGGAUAAAGCGCGACGAGGAGAAGCGGGACGAGAGGAAGAAGUACAGGUUUUAA